GCCUGACACAUGAGAACAUUCUGUCUCCUCGUCAGAAUGGAUGGACGUUGGCGCACAAACGCCCCGUCCUGGCCCGACUUCAUGUAGGGAACUUCCUCUGCAGUCAUCUACACAGCCCGACGCUUUCAGGGAAGCACCUUGACAGGGAAAGCCGGCUUGGUGGUCGUAAGUACGGCUCUGUGAACUUGUUUUGGAAAUGUUGCUUUCGUUCUGAACAACUGGAUGCUACGCAGCAGCUAGCGAUCCUAGCACCUGACCAGCCCUUACAGGACAGCAGGAUUUCUGAGGAUGCCAGGAGACCUUAAUGACUAAGCGCUGAGGCAGGAUGAGGAGCCGCAGUAACUCAGGAGUGAGGCUGGACGGAUAUGCCAGGCUGGUCCAAGAAACCAUCCUGUGUCACCAGAACCCAGUGACCGGACUUCUUCCUGCCAGCAUCCAGAAGAAGGACGCCUGGGUGAGGGACAAUGUGUACAGUAUCAUGGCGGUGUGGGGGCUGGGGAUGGCGUACCGCAAGAACGCCGAUCGGGACGAAGAUAAAGCCAAAGCCUACGAGCUGGAGCAGAGUGUAGUAAAACUAAUGCAGGGGCUCCUCCAAUGCAUGAUGAGACAGGUGGAUAAGGUGGAGAAGUUCAAGCUGACCCAGAGCACAAAGGACUGCUUGCAUGCCAAAUAUGACACUCCCACCUGUGCUACUGUAGUUGGUGAUGACGAGUGGGGUCAUCUCCAGGUGGAUGCUACCUCCAUUUACCUGCUGAUGCUUGCCCAGAUGACAGCCUCAGGUCUCAGAAUCAUUUCAACCCUCGAUGAGGUAGCCUUUAUCCAGAACUUAGUGUUCUACAUAGAAGCAGCCUACAAAGUGGCGGAUUAUGGGAUGUGGGAACGAGGUGACAAGACCAACCAGGGCAUUCCAGAGCUCAAUGGCAGUUCUGUAGGAAUGGCAAAGGCUGCUCUGGAGGCCAUAGAUGAACUGGAUCUGUUUGGUGCUCACGGAGGGCCUAAGUCAGUCAUUCAUGUUUUGCCUGAUGAAGUGGAGCACUGUCAGGCCAUCCUCUGCUCCAUGCUUCCAAGAGCCUCCACGUCCAAAGAGAUAGAUGCCGGUCUUCUGUCUGUCAUUUCUUUCCCCGCUUUUGCGGUGGAGGACGCCGACCUGGUGGCCAUCACUAAGUCAGAAAUCAUAGGCAAGCUACAGGGUCGCUAUGGUUGCUGUCGCUUCAUUAGGGAUGGAUAUCAUUGUCCUAAAGAGGAUCCCACUCGACUGCACUAUGACCCUGCAGAGCUCAAGCUGUUUGAGAACAUUGAAAGCGAGUGGCCUGUGUUCUGGAAUUACCUCAUUCUUGAUGGCAUCUUCUUUGGAGAUCAAGUCCAGGUUCAGGAGUACCGUGAGGCACUGGAAGGUGUUUUGCUCAGAGGGAAGAACGGCAUCAAAAUCGUUCCUGAACUUUACGCGGUACCACUGGAUAAGAUAGAGGAGGAGUACAGCAACCCUCACUCUGUGGAGAGAGUGCCCAUGGGGCAGCUGCCUCACAUGUGGGGGCAGUCACUCUAUAUCUUGGGUUGCCUCCUUGCUGAGGGUUUCUUAGCUCCAGGAGAAAUCGAUCCUCUCAACAGAAGAUUCUCCACAAACUUCAAGCCAGAUGUUGUAGUUCAAGUUUGUGUUCUAGCGGAAACAGAAGAGAUUCAGGAGCUUCUGCGGGCUCUUGGGAUUACAGUUCAGACAAUAUCAGAAGUUCUGCCAAUCAGAGUCAUGCCCGCUCGCAUCCUUAGCCACGUUUAUGUCAAACUGGGAAACAGCAAGAAACUGAAGUUGAGCGGAAGGCCUUACAGACACAUUGGAGUCCUGGGAACAUCCAAAUUCUAUGAGAUCAGGAACCGCUCCUACAUAUUCACCCCCCAGUUUCUGGAUCAGCAUCAUUUCUAUCUGGCUCUGGACAAUCAGAUGAUUGUGGAGAUGUUGCGGACAGAGCUGGCCUACCUCUCAUCCUGCUGGAGGAUGACAGGACGUCCCACGCUGACCUUUCCCAUCACCCGCAGCAUGCUUGUUGAUGACGGCGAUGCAAUUGAUCCAUGUAUCAUAGCAACACUCAGAAAACUUGAGGAUGGCUAUUUUGCUGGAGCAAGGGUGCAGAUGUCUGACCUCUCCAGUGUCCAAACCACGUCGUUCCGCACACGCCUCUCUUUCCUGGACGAGGAGAGUGACGAAAGCUUAUUUGAAGAAAAUGAAGAGGAGGAUGAUGAGGGUUCCAAGGACGGGUUUGAUCAGUACCUCAUGCAGCUCCUCCAGAGCACCGCCGCUCAGUCCCACCUUCCCCCCAUCCAGAGAGGACUGCAACACAUCUUCAGUGCCGAGCACACCACAAAGGACAUUCUGUCGUUUAUGGCCCAGGUUCAGGGUCUGAAUGAACUCAAGUCUUCAUUAUAUCUACCCACGGCUCCAGUCAUGGCUAGGCACCGCAGAUCCCUCAACCUCCUUGAAGUUCCUCAUCUGCCGCCUGGUUUGCAUGCAAAUCAGAGCAAAGUACAUCCACUCCACAGUAUUGCAGAGCUGCAGCUUCCUCAAGACUCCUGUGGUAAUACUGAUUUUGCAGCAUUGGUAAGGCAGCUAAAGGAGUGCCCCACUCUUCAGGACCAGGCUGACAUCCUCUACAUUCUCUACGUCAUGAAAGGAGCUGACUGGGUGGUGGAGUUGUCAGGCGCCGGAAUGGGUGGGGCGAGUGUUCAUUCGUUGUUGGAGGAGCUGUAUGCGCAAGCUGGAGCCUGCAAAGAGUGGGGGCUUAUUAGAUACAUCUCUGGAAUACUGCGCAAGAGAGUGGAGGUCCUUGCUGAGGCCUGCACAGAUCUCAUUUCCCAUCACAAGCAGCUGACUGUGGGUCUGCCUCCAGAACCCAGAGAACGAGUGAUAACAACGCCACUUCCCCCUGAAGAGCUGAACACUCUGAUAUAUGAAGCCAGCGGUCAGGACAUCAGUGUGGCUGUUCUGACUCAGGAAAUCAUGGCCUAUCUGGCCAUGUAUGUACGCUCCCAACCUGCUCUGUUUGGGGACAUGAUCCGACUCCGGAUAGGACUCAUCAUGCAAGUCAUGGCAACAGAGCUAGCUCGUAGCCUUCACUGUUCUGGUGAGGACGCGUCCGAGAGUUUGAUGAGCCUGAGUCCCUUUGACAUGAAGAACCUGCUGCACCACAUCCUCAGCGGCAAAGAGUUUGGGGUGGAAAGAAGCAUGCGCCCGAUUCAGUCCACCGCCACCAGUCCUGCAAUCUCUAUCCAUGAACUGGGUCACACAGGAGCAACAAAGAACGAACGCACAGGAAUACACAAGUUAAAGAGUGAGAUUAAACAGCUGGAUGACUCUCGGCCUGUCAGUAUCAUCGGUGGCAGUCAUUCUUUGAGUAGCAAUGUGACCUCUCCUCGUUCCACGCGCUGCAGUAGCCCCUCCACCCCCAGUGGAAUCCUGUCCCCGGUGGGUCACGGUUCUGUGUACGGCCAGCUGCACUGGGAGGAGAGGCAGGGCCAGUGGCUGCGCAGACGAAGGCUGGAUGGAGCCAUCAACAGAGUCCCAAUGGGCUUCUACCAAAAAGUAUGGCGGAUAUUGCAGAAGUGCCACGGGCUAUCCAUCGAUGGAUAUGUUCUGCCCUCUUCUACCACAAGAGAGAUGACAACAGGGGAGAUCAAGUUUGCAGUGCAGGUGGAGUCGGUUCUGAACCACGUCCCUCAGCCUGAGUACCGGCAGCUGCUGGUGGAGACUGUGAUGGUUCUGGGCCUUGUGGCUGACAUAGACGUGGACAACAUUGGCGGCAUCAUCCAUGUGGAUCGCAUUUUGCAUCUGGCCAAUGACCUUUUCCUCAGUGACCAGAAAUCCCACUGUGCCAGCGAUUAUUUCCUGGAAAAGGAUCCAGCGACCGGAAUUUGCAACUUUUUUUAUGACAGUGCUCCAAGCGGCAGCUUCGGCACCAUGACCUAUCUGUCCAAGGCCGUUGUCACUUAUGUUCAAGACUUUCUGCCCAACUCCAGCUGUCUGAUGCAGUGAAUUGACAACAUGGACAACACCUAAAGCCCCAGAGGCAAAGGUCUGGUGAUCAAACGUAGAGAAAGAUUCUGUGCAUCAGCUCAUAUGGUACUUAUACAUGUAUUUUAAAGAAUAAUAACUGCGAUGGACUUGGUGGAUCCUAAACAGUUGUUUCUUUAGGAUUUUUUCCUGUUACAGCAUUUGAAAGCAAAUUUGCAAAUUCCUCUAAUGAAGAAUGAAAAAUAUAGGAGAAAUACAGAUGAUAGAUAUGUUGCACUAAUCAUUUUUUAGUUUGCUACUUAAAGACUUAACAGAUAGAUGAAAUAAUGUUUUUAAUAUUCACAUCACUUCAAUUUAUUUCACAUUUGUUUUAUUUAGAUUGACAUAAUUCAUCUGGGUAUUGGAAUUGUUUUGGUUAGUUUCUUUUGUUGCUUAUGUCAUGUCCCCCCCCCCCACUUAGAUCAAUAACUUAUUUUCUGCCUGUCAUUGUUUCGUCUUUAAUUAUUAAAAUUUCAGUGAAAUUUGACAAUGUAACUGGUAAAUUUGCACGUCUUUGUUUAUAUAAUAAAAAAAAUACUAUUUAUCAGACGACAAGAAAAUUAAUAUAAUAACAUAAGGAAUAUAUAAAUGGAUUCUAGGCUCUGAGAGUUCAACUAAUGUUACUAAAGCUAUGCGUUGAUUUUGUUUUUUAAGUAUGCCUUCUGUUGUGAGUGUGCUUGUAUUAAUCUGUCUGCAUUUGAAUGUCAAUAUUGGGUUUCUAGCAGAUGUAAAGUCCUCAUUACCUCAGUAUGACAUGUUCAUUUGCUUAUGCUGGAGCUCUGCUUCAAUCCUUUAAUAUGGCAUCAGCAGACAUUUGCUGAAGAACAUUUGACAUUAGAAGGACAUUUUCCAUGUACCUGACACGUUCUUUGUCUUCACGAGUCUGUAAUGAAGUGAAUAACCAAGGCAGCAUCGAUGGCAUCCAUGUGUUCUACAGCUCAUCCUCAGGUGUUGCCAUACGCAUGAAAAGUUUCAACUGUAACCUCAUGAACUGUGAACACAAAAUGAUCCAUUUGUUGAUGUACUGUCCUUUUUUAGUUCAAAUGAUUAAAGGUUGGACGUUUUUCUUC